AUGGCAGGGCAGACGGGGGUCGAUAAGAAAACGUCUGUAGCGGCAGCCGCACUGGCAGCAGCCAAAGCGGCGGCCUCGGUGGCGGGCGCUAGCAGGGUGGGCACUGUCACGGUGACAGAGCAGCGGCGGUUUGCGGGGCAAACCAUCACUGUGAACAAGGAGGUGGCAAAGGACAGCAAGGAGGCGCAGCGGGCAGAGGCUGAGGCUGAGGCGGCGGCGGAGAAGAAGAAGGCGGGGCUGGACGCGGUGCUGGCCUCGCUGCAGCAGGCGAAAAAGGUGACUGUGCUCGACAAGUCGCGGGCUGACUGGAAGGAUUUCAAGAAGGCCGACGACACGAUUGACGAGGAGCUGGAGAUGCACAAGCGCAGCGGGGACCAGUACCUGGACAAGCAGGCCUUCCUGCAGCAGGCAGACCUGCGGGAGUAUGAGAAGGAGCGCGACCGGCGGCUGGCGUCUGAUGUGCGCAACAGAGGGAGGCUGUGA